CCAGCGCGCCGCCUCCCGGGAUCGGCGCUCGGCUGGCGCGGCUUGGCGGGGACGGAGGCCGGCGGGCAGGGCCCGGCCGUACCGGGUUCGGGGAGCGGGCAGUGACGGCCCUGCGAGCGGAGGGGAAGACGCCUGUCUGCCUCUUCGCUGUUCCCACGUGUCGCCCCCAUGGCUGCGAUCUACUCCGGGAUUUACCUGAAGCUGAAAAGCGCCAAGACUUCUUGGGAGGACAAACUCAAGCUAGCCCGGUUCGCGUGGAUUUCUCACCAGUGCGUCCUGCCUAAUAAGGAGCAAGUUUUACUCGAUUGGGUAAGCCAGGCAUUGGUUUCCAACUACAACAAGAAACAUGAACUGGAAGAUGAAGUUGUUGAAAAACUCUGGGCAUAUCUUGACAAUGUUAUCCAUAGUAAAAGACUACAGGAUCUCUUAAAGAGUGGGAAGACAGUUGGUCUCAGUUUUUCAAUUGCAGAGAUCAUAAACAAAAGGUUAUCAGAGGCCUAUUCUGAAAAAACACAGCAGAACAUUGGCACUGUGCUGAGCUGCUCCAGUGGCAUCCUUUCUACUCCUUCACUGUCCAUAAUUUACACAGCAAAGAGUGAGCUUUUGGUUGAUCUCCUCAGCAAGCUGUCCAAGCUGGCAUGUCAGCAGCUGGCUUCUGACGAUGCUGUGGGCUCCCAGUUGUUCAGCGUCCUCCAGCUUACCUUUGCUCAGUACCUCCUGAUCCAGAGGCAGCAAACCAACCCAAACCGUGUGUUUGGGCGAGUGACAAGUCACUUGCUCCAGCCAUGUUUGCUCUUGAGGCACUUGGUGACUGUGAGGAACUGGACACAAGCAGAUGAUAACCAUGUGUGUCAGCACCUGAGCAGAGAAAUACGAAGCCAAAUAGAGACUUUGCUGCAGGCUGGGUUAUUUCAGCCUGAGCUUUUCUCAUCCUACAAAGAAGAGCUGCUGUCAGAGCAGGAAUCCCAGGAGAAGAAGAAAGGAGCGUUGAAAACUCUUUUGCUACCAGUCAACACAGUGCAGACCAAGCUGGGGAGUGACUUGUGUGAACCUGCCCUCCACGGAGCGGUUGUGGCUGGUUCGGUGUCCCUGCUAUAUAAGCUCUUUCUGGACUCGUACUGUAAGGCAGAAAACCACCUUGUGUGUUUCCACAUGCUCAGCAGGCUCUUUGGCUGUCUCAGGCUCUCUGACCUGCAAGAGCAGGGGAGGAGUGAUACGCUUUUUGCUGUGGACUGGAGCAUGGAACUGCUUGCUUUGGAGCAGCUUCUGAACUUGGUGCUCAGCAAUGAUAUCUAUAAUGUCGCCAGUGACCGUAUCCGGCACAAGGAGGUGCAGUUUGGGUUUUACAGGAAGCUAGCACAGAUGCUGCUGACACACUCCCAAGCUUCCAUCCCUGCUUGGUUCAGGUGUCUCAAACUCCUGAUGUCAUUAAACCACCUUAUAGUAGAGCCAGACCUGGAUGACUUGGUGUCAUCAGCUUGGAUUGAUGCAGAGGCCUCUGAGCCACGUACAAAGAAGCCUCAGGAGACUCUCAUCAGCACCAUAUUCCAGAUUUACUCCAAGCUGAGGCAGUUCCCACGGCUCUUUGAAGAGGUACUGACUGUCAUUUGCCGGCCAGCUGUUGAUGAACUGAGGCCAUCUGUCUUCUCUGCUGGCCUGACAGCAAAGCUUCGUGAGUGCCUUCUUGAACUGCCACCCAACCAGAUACUGGACAUUCUGUGUCUCUUUGUGGAGAAAUGCCAGACCCUUAUCAUUCCAGCUGUUGAAGGGUCAAUUGACAUGGCCUUGAAGCUGAUGUCAGUGUGCUCAGUGCUGCAUGCUUUUCUGUUUAACAUGAGGAGCCUAGAUGAUGUCACUCCUUCCCCUGUGGUGCUUCGCACUCAGCGUUUGAUGGCAAACAUACAGAAGGGAAUAACUCAGCCACUGAUGGAGCUGCUGCAGGCUCCUAGAAGAGAGGAAGAAAAGUCAGAGCUUUGGCUAAGAAAGGCCAGUGAUGCUGCUCUCCUCCUUGUUUACACUUGGGUUGAGGUAGACGCUCUGUUUGGUGUUAGCUGCAGUAAAUACGUGUCUCCAACAGCUGAAACUGCUGUUACUGAACCUGCUGCAAGGCACUGGGGCAUUUCAACUUUUCUGCCUGGUGUAAAGGAGCAGUGUUGGAGGAGAGUUAUGGAACUUGCAAGUAGUUUUGCCUCCACUGGUAAAUACUGUUUAGAACUGCUCGCACUUCAGAAAAUGAAGAUGAUAUUAAUGCAGACCGAAGCUGACCCACAGGCCUUGCAGCAUGCUGCAGCUUUCAUCCUGGAGUCUGGGAGAUCCAUCAUGAGCAGAGAAGAAUCUGAACCGUGGGAUGGAGAUAUCAGCGCGAUAACUGAACUUAGCUACCCCACAGCACACUGGCACCUUGUCAUGUCCAACCUGACCAUCCUGUUGCCGUAUAUUUCCUUAAAAGAUGUAGACUACAUUGCAAAUGUGCUUCUAGAAACGUUGAUGUUGGCUGAAGCUCAGGAAGCUGCCACGGACCAGGAGCCUUCCAUCAGCAUUGCGAAGAUAUCCCUUGGUUUGAUCCACAGCUCUCUUCUACCAGAAAUGAGGGUCCUGCACUGUGCUUUUCUGACCCGUCUUAUUCAUCAGUUUGCUAUGGUCCUGCCCACUGCUACCAGGGAUUCAGUAGAUCUGCCACUGCAGCAGCUGUCUGUGACCAAUAUUCCUUGGCAUGAAGAAAUUCUGGCUUCUUGCAAGACUGUUGACCCGUUGGAAGUACCGUCAGAAAACAAAGUGCAGAAGGACGAGCUAAGCUUGUCUUGGAAAACACUGGAGAAAGUUGCCCAAUGUAUAGUAUUGUUAGCAAAAAAUGGCUGCCCUGUCAUCCUGAAAGAACGUCAGCUACAAAGAUGCCUGCGUUUGCUAGAAAUUGUUUCUCUCCUGAAAUUAGACAGUUUUCUUCCCUCUGACUGUACUCGGUGUUAUCUGGUGUUGCUGUCCCUGCUAGUUAAUACCAGGGCUAGUGUCUCUUGCAGCAAGUUGUUAUUGCUGAAGUUUUUAAGUACUUGCCUCCACCUUCUCAGGUGCCUGCAAGCUGGCAGGAACUCCAACUCUGUUCUUAAGGUGUUACAUGCUAGCGAUGUUCUUGAGGCUGUCAUGACCUCCCAACUUACAGCUUGCAAAUUCUUCACUGAUGUCUUGACUGUUCCUGUUUGGGCACAGUAUGUCCAGGAAGUCCAAGACUUUUUGGAAAACUUUCUUCAGAUGAUUAUUGAAAGAAGACAAAGUGUGAAGCUCAACUUGGAAAAGUUCAUGUCUUUCCUGGUGAGCUGCAGGCCAGGCACAAGUGCAGCCAAAAGCAUAGACUGGAAAAACUGGAAUCCCGCAGCUGAGCAGUUGCUGCUCACAGCAUUCACCACGCUCUGUCAUGUUGUCACACUGCACCUCCAGCAGCUGCCAGAAAAGAAGCUGCAUUCUGUGGAUGUGCUAUGUGCUCUGUUGGAACCAGUGGUUCUGCAGAUGGUCAGAACUGUUGAACACGGUCUUCAGAGUAACACCCCAAACCAGCCUUUGCCUGUGGUAUUCAUACCAUCUGUCACGACUCUCCUCAAGGCAGAUCUGAGCCAUCCUGUCAAGAAGGACUGGCAGAAGGAGCCCAGUGGGUUUUUGAAGGGGCCUCGUGUUAAACUGUACCAAGAGUUUUACUCUCAGAUACUAAAAGAGCUGCCCUGUGCAGGGAGUAAUCUGCAGUUCCUUCAGCUUGCGUUGCAGUUCGUGACUGUCUUCUGCUCUGUGCCAGAGCUGUAUCCUGAAAAAGAAACUGCACUCAUGGUUGUUUUUGCUAUAAAAAAGCUUCUCUCUGGUCCUGCAAUUACGACCGAGGUGAUCCGAAGUGUGGAGAUGGAGCUGACAGAGGUGCUUGUCCAGGUGCUGGGAAACUGCUCUGAUGAGGAGUUUUAUGCCAUAAUGAGGCUGGUGCUGCAAGGACUGGAAGUGAGGAAUAUUUGGCAGCAGAAGGCUAAAGAAGUAUUGUCAGCUGUUACGCUAACCAAAUUGUUGCUCAGCUGCCCAUUAAGUGGAGACAAAGGGAAAGCUUUCUGGUUUGCCAGCCCACAGAUAAUCACAGCUUUAGCUCUGCAAACCAAAGAGGCUUGUCAGGACAAGGCACUGAUUUCCAUCAUAGUUAUACCUAUUCUAGAGACUGUAGCAGCUCUGCUAAGGCGGGGAGAAGGGAUUCUCGUGAAUCCACAUCAUGUUUCACUGGCAUUCAGCAUUCUUCUAACAGUCCCUCUGGAUCAUCUGAAGACAGAAGACUAUUAUGGUGUCUUCCUGGGGGUCCAUGAAGUGCUCUUCUCUAUUGUGCAGUGUCAUCCAAAGGUGCUGUUGAAAGCAGCACCAUCCUUUCUGAGCAGUUUCCAUCGUCUGGUUGUUUCUGUCAUGCAUGAAGGACGUCAGAAAGGAGACAGAGGCAACAUGGAUGAGUUUGAAAUGAUACUGAAAUGUGCACACUUGGUGGAACGGAUGUAUACUUAUAUUGCUGCAGAAAUGGAGGACUUCACUGUGUUUUCUGCCUUCAUUGUGGCUCACUAUGUAACUGAGUUGCAGAAGGUGACUUUACAUCCAGCUGUGAAGACACAUCUCACAGAAGGAAUAUAUCACAUCCUUGACCUUUGCAUUGAACGAGACAUCAAGUUCUUAAAUGCUUCGCUCCCAGCAGGCGUGAGGCAGGUCUUCAAGGAUCUGUAUAAUGAUUACAACCACUACCACAAAGCAAAGAAGCAGGGGGAGGAAAAGUACACUGCAUGAUGAAUCCUGCCUGGCGCUGUAUGAUCAGUUAUGAAUUGAUCUUGCAGUGCUCAGAAGAUGCUCAGUUGCUGUUUGGUUUGGGAUAACGAGUAAAAUUGAACUUGAGGAGGGUCCUAAACAUGGAUUGCGUUUAUCCCUAUACAGCCAGCAUUCAUAACAGGGAAAAAGGGAACUGGGGAGGGAGGAUGUGCUGUGCUGUUGGUUCUGGUCCUGCGUUGUGCCACAAACGGCAGAACUGCUGUGUCUCUGCUGGCCCCUGGUGAACUCUCUGGGAGCCUUGGGGAGCUCACUGUAAUUUGGCAGCAGAUGUCAGGCUUCAGGCUUUGGCGCAUCAUGGUGCUUUCCUGUGGAAGCAAUAGUCUGGUCUAGAAGCCAGUGAGGGAUAAAACCCCUGCUUUUGCUUACAUGGUAAGCAGAAUUAAAGCAGUUGAAGUGCUUAUUUUUGUACCCUGUUAUUUUACAUUUUGUAACUGAAGAACUUUGUCAGUGUUAUACAACUGCAGUUAUACAGUGCAGUAGGUUACUGUGCAAACCUGCAGAAGUAAAAGUAAAAAAUUUGGAAGAUUGUAUCUCUUCGCUUGAUUGGUUUUGCUGUCCAGUCCAGCCCUGGGCAACCUGGUGUGACCUAUUGAAUUUCCUUCCCAAUUGUAUUAUCCUCUGAUCUCAUGAUAAUCAGGAAAAAAGAAAAAAGACUGACUACCUGGAGCUCUGUUCGAUUUGCUGUCAUUAAGCAGUUACACUUCAUCAUCUGAGCUGUGGUCACUCUCAGUGCACUCGCUGUUUAGCUUGUGACAAAUGUUAAUUACCACUCUUACUAUCUGAGACUCUUCUUGGUCUAAGCUGGGCCUUGUUGCUUUGGAUUCACUCUAGGUUAAGAGUAAGCCCUCAACUCAUCUCAGCUUCUGACAGGAAGCUUUAUCAAGUUUUAUCAAAUAACUUUAUUUCAUUGGCUAAAUGACAGAAGUUUGGUUUUGGUUUUUUUUUUUUUUUUGUGAUGAUACAUACUAAAGAUCUAAUUUUUAUGUAAGUGGUAAAACAGUCUUCACAUGUACAUGUAGGUAGUAGAAAGAGCUCAAUACUCUCAUGUGAUUAUUUGCUUUAAUCUAUAAAUAGGGUGUAGGCAGAGGGAGACUGGAAUGUGGCUUACCACUUUUCUGGGUCCAUCUGCCUUAUAGCAAGGUCCAAGGGAUGAAGUUUGUCUGGGCAAAAGACUCCAUGUGGCCCAGAUGAGAGAGGUGACAGGGCUUGCUAAACUUCAUCCUUUGGACUGGAGAUGACCCUCGUCUCAUCCUGAAAAAGCAUCUUGGAGGGCUUUGAUACUGUGGAUGCUCUGUUCAGAAGUAAUAGUGCUAUUUUAUUAACACUUUUCCAGUCACAAAUGCAAACCACAGUGGCAUAUAAGCUGCCAUGGAGCAAGUUAACUCUGUCCAAGCUGGAUCCUGUGCACCGCUGGGCCACUUCUGUAUUUUAUUUUGUGUGGGAAAUGGGAGUUACUUCUGCCCCACCAGGAAGUGGGACAGUGACAUAGGUCCCAGAAGGGAAACGUGUAGGAGCUGGGGGCAUCCAAAGGGGCACUAAAGAGGGGAGGUCUCCAGGGUGGAGACAGUUAAUACACUGGAAAACGAAGGAAAGUUUUGAGCACUGGGAGAGGAUGUGGAAAGAACAGCAGAAAAAAAGAGAGCUGGGUUUGGAGCGGGGGAGGAAGGAAGUGAGGGAGGAAGGAAGUGAGGCAGCAUCUCUGGCGUGUAAGUGUCAAGGCUCCCCGAUGCAGCCAUAUGGUGCAAGCCACACACACAGCUCCAAAGCUUCUGAGGGCAGACCACAGUAAAUACGCUAGCCAGAGGAGGUAAACCAGUUCAGUUGAGAUCAGUUUUAUUUUAUUAAUACUAACUUUUAAAUUGUUACCAAUUUUAACCUCUUGGUUUGGAAAUGAAAAUGUGUAACUGACUUAGAUGUACAGGGGUGAUGGAAUUAACAAACCCCCACUAUCAAUAGGGCACAGUGCUUGAAUGAAUGAAAAUCUGAAAUCCUGCCGCAAUUAAACCUUUAUUUCAAACACCCCGUGCAACUGCCGCUUAUCCCGCAGCCCCCCUCCUUCUCCAUGCAAAGCAGUGGAGUUCUGAAGCACAAAGCAGCGUUUCUGUGUAGAAGUGGCAAAGGGGUUAAAAGGAAGGCUGUCUUUCACUUGCUAAUCCCAGGUCUUUGUCCAAGAACUGCUCCGGAUUUUUUUUUUUUUUUUUGGCUGGAAUAAAUUAAAUCACUGACAGAGGACCACCUGCUGAGAAAGCAGGCUUUGUACUCCCGAGUGUAUUCCCACGUGGGUGCAGUUUCCUCGGUUGUCACACGAUGGGGCCAUCCUGCAAGGGUACAAAGCACCGUCUGAAAUCAGUCUUGGAGCCCUUCCUCCCAGGCUGGGUUAGUUUACGAGCUGAACAUCAGGAAGGUGAAGGGUGUGGAAGAAACACCGUCUCGGGUAAAGGCCAGGAAUCACAACCUUUGUUUCACUGGAGCGUUGCUUUGUGCACGUGAAUCUCCAGGCCUUACAGGCUUCUGCAACAGAUAUUCUUGGCCAGGUUUCCAAUUGUUGAUGCAGCACAUCUCUUCUUUUCUUGCUGCAGCACGGACAGAAAUUCCUCCUGUAGGCAGAACUCGGAGGCUGGGAUCUCAGGGUCCUGCUGGCUGUGCCACUGGCUCAGCCUGUGACUCUGUGUGCGGUGCUUUUUCCUGGUGCAUGGGCAGUGCCCAAGUCUGCUGUGCCAAAACUAGCUCAAAUAGCAAGAAACAGGAAAGGCAAGAAGAACAGUCAAGACCCACAAAAAUCAUGCUGGGUUUAUUUACCCCUUAUUUUUGUGUAGCUGCUGUGAAAAUCAGCUGAUUGUUCUACUUGCCUGGUGGUGGGGUUUAAUACUUGAUUUACUUUGAAAUUGUGGAUGGAAAUGUCAAAAAAGAGGAUGGUUUAAGAUGCUAGAAAUUGUGUUACUUAUUAAAAAAUUGUUUUCCCUGAUCAUACCUUUUGGGGAGAGACUAUGCACUGAGUACUUUCCUUUAAGCUUGAAAUGAAUCAGUAGCUUCCUAUUUGUUUACUUGAUGCAGUUCCGGAACUUCGGGAUAACAGAAGGCUCCUUCAAAAGCUACCUUUUUGGGUUAAAACAUAAUAAUAUGAAUAAAGGAGAACUUUUGCUAAUGAUACUGAACUGAGUGGGGAAGUAAACACUUGGGACAGUAGAACCAAGCUGCAAGAAGACCUGGAUAGGCUGGAAGGCUGGGCUAACAAAGCCUUGUGAAGUUCAACAAAGACAAACAUAGGGUCUUGCACGUGGGAAAAAAUAAUCCAAGAGUCCAGUACAGGCUGGAUCUGCCCAUGUGGGGAGCAGCAGAGGAAAGAAGUCAUCAAUCCCAUCAACAAGGGCAUCACCAGCAGAGGAAAGCAGUCAUUAUCCCACUCUAUUCAGUGCUUGUUGGGCCACACCAGGAAUAAAGUGAUCAAUUUUAUUCCCCACUAUGCAAAAGAGAUGUGGACAGGCUGGAGAAGGUCCAGGGGAGGGCUACAAUACUGAUCAAAGGACAGGGGAGCUUUCCAUGCGAGGAAAGGCUGAAACAACUGGGUUUGUUUAGCCUUGAGAAAAUAAGGUUUAGAGGGAGACCUUAUCACUGUGUUCCUGUAUUUAAAGGGUGGCUACAAAGAAGAUGAAGAGUCCCUUUUUGCAAGGAAUCACAUGGAAAGCACAAAGGCUAAUGGUAAAACUGGGGACAUUCCAAUUGGACGCAAGAGGAAAAUUUUUCAAAGAGAGAACAAUUGGCCAUUGGAGUAAUCUCCCCGGGGAAAUGGUGGAUUCCUCAACAUAGAAUAUUUUUUUUCAGCUCAAUGACUACUUGAUUUUUUUUUUUCAAUGAGAAACAUGAAAAAGUGCCAUUGUAGGCAGUACUGACAUUUGCUGCUGAAUGAUCAGUGAUGUAUUCUGCAAGCAGUCAAAAUUUCCAGAAAGGAAGGCUCCUGUUAUUGUACCUACCCAGUAAUAUUUAUGUUACAGACAAGGGGAAGUGAAACCUGAUUUGCUGUGGAGCAGUACUGAUUUGUAUUCACAUAUCUUUUUUUUUUUUUUUAAUAUGAAAGUUUUUUUGGUUUUUUUAGUUGACUUUAAAAUCUGGAAAAUUUGGGAAAGAAAGUGUGUCCCUGUGACCUUCUCAGAAGUUUUAGUCUAGGAGAGCCCUCCAGCAAAUCUGUUGGCAGUUCUUCAAGAGAAUCUGGGAAGAAUAAUAAACGCCCUCCAAGUCACUGAGCUGUAUUGCCAUCCCUUUACUUCCAAAGAAGGAUAUUCUGUUUUUUUAUACCUAUAUCCGAAGAUGGUAGCAAACAAAAAUGACCAAAGCAGUUUUGUCUUUUGUAGGUGUGAAUCCCACAUGUAGGAAUCUUCUAAUGCAAGAAUAGAGUGUCAAGAAGUACAGGCCUGCCGUGGCUUUCAAGUUGGGACUGCUUGGUCCUUUCUAGGUGUAGACUUGUUUAUUUCAGGAGAGCUUCCUGUCACAUUCUGACAUGUGAGAGCUUCUGAGAUUGGUGGAGAACAAUUUCUAACCCAAAGCAGCUGUCAUUAUUUUAAUUAAAUUUUGUAGAAGUUGGAUUCAGAAUUGCUUCAUGGAAGAAGUUCCGCAGAUGAUCUGCUCUGAAUUAGAUGUCUUCUUGUGGAGGCUUCUGUAGGGCCUGGGCCCUCUUUCCAGCUGGGAAGUCACUGUAAUGCCUUUUCAGUUUCUUCCCCACAACCAGAAGACACAGUGUUUUUGCUGAUAGCUGGCAGAGAGGAUUUGGAAAGCAAACAAAGAAUAAAAGGAGAGGAAAAUUGGGGACAGGUCCCCUGUUAAUUCAUCGGUUCAAGUUUUCUGUCAGGUUCAGGUGUCCCUGCUUUUGUUUUUACAUCCUCUGCUUGAGGGAUUAGUUCUCCAGGCUUUCCCAGAGCUGUGCUGGGGCUGCUCAGGAAUGUGCACAAAGCUGACACAUUGCUGUCCUAAGGAUGACAACCAUGGUCUGCUUCUGCUGUAGGAAGGGAGAGAAGGAAAAGAGCAAGAAUGGAGGUCUAGGAUGCAUUCAGUCUAUUAUCAAGACCCUGCUGAGAUGACUUUAUUAGGAAUCAGCAGCUUACAAGGCAGAAAGAGGUUUCUGGUAGCUGAAAGCAGAGCAGCUUUGAAAACCAGGCUGUUCCUGAUUUUCAGUACAUCUUAAACAUCCAUUGCUUUAUUUGGUCUGCUCCAAGCACCUAGAAACCCUUCUGGGCAACAGGCCACCACGUGUGCAGUAGUGUGAACUGUGAGCAGGCACUUGCUGUCCCAACACACUGCCAGGUAUGAGAGACGGUGGGUGGGAGAAGAAACAACAUUGUAGGAAGAAGUGAUUGAUUUCUGUUUAGUUUUUUGUGCCAGUUUUAGAGCAGCACGUGGGAGUUCCCUCCAGUAACCCCAGGGAAGAAUAAUAUUCUUGGGUUUGGGGAUUGUUAAUAUUUCAGAAAAAGAAAGGAAGAGUAAAGGACCAUGUUACCAAAAAAAAUUCAUGUUGGGGCGUAAGAGACAAAUCCAUAAAAAACAAUUUGAUCAAUAAUGCCAUAGGUAAAUGAUGUGGUCUGUGCAAACAAAGCCUCAGCUUUAUCAGAGAGUGUAUUAACUCAUGGAAGGAAGGCUGAUUUAUCACUCUUCCUCCAGUAAUUGUCAGCCCAUAAUCCCCUGAAGGGAAAGUAGCCAUCCAAGUGUAUCACUUGAGGAGAGAGACUAGAACAAACAGAUGCUGAUUUUAGCCUGGCAAAAAAACCACUGCCACUUGAGCACAGCUGGUCUGCCAAAUGCAAGUGGCUGCUGCUUGUUCCUGCUCCUGAGGCUCAGGAAUGCCCCUGAUUUUGAGCACCCAUGGCUGGGAGUAAAUCUUGUGGCUUUGUGGUGGCUUUGGUGUGGCACCUGUUGCAGGUGACCUGUGUGCUUUGCUUGCUGAGGCCUUGCCUUCUUUGGCCUUUGACACAGACAGGAGUCUUCCCCAUAAGAGAUUUGUGAAGUUUGUAGAAUUUUUGAUGCUCUGUGGGCAUCUAAGGGAGCUGAGAUGCUUUUUUAAACUGCUACGGAGAUGAGCGAUACAGCAUUAUUUAGCUGAUCCACACUAUCUCCAGUGAUGACCAGAAAAUAUGUUGACUGACUGCAUAAUUUCUGCCCCUUUUGUCUUCUCACAAGAUGUAAGUGAAUCUUACUGUUGUUUUAGUGUGCAUUUUACUCUCUUUUCUAGGCUUCAUUGAGAUUAUUCACUGUUUUCAGGAGACAGCUAUGCAAAUGUCAGCUGCUAGUACCUGAUUCCUUUGGACUGAAAUUUAAAAUAUGCUCAUGAAAGUUUUCAUAACCUAAGCCCAUAAUACUGAGAGCCUAGUGUAUGUGCCUCCUGGUACUGCAUGCAAAGGAAGUGUGACUAAGAAACCUGUUAUUAGCAGCUUGUAUUUUGUUUGUGCAGUGACAUCUAAGGGGCUUUCUAAGCAACUUAUUUUCCCUUGCUGUAAAGGAAGAUUUCUUACUGCAGCAAGAGGCAAAUCUGUUCUUCAGAUCUCAGCCUGUGCUGUAUUGUCUGGAUGAGGAUAAACCUGUGGAGUAGAAAUAGUUUUGUUUCUGAGCCAUGGAAUCUUCACCAGCUGGAAACCUCCUUUGACCCACAUGCCCUUUCCCUGCAAUAGCACCACUCCUCUGAUCCUGUUUUUGGAGGAGAUUAUGGAGCUGUUUUGUCUUAAUGCAGGCAGUAUCUGGAAAAUGGGCUCAGCUCUGCAUCCAGGUCUGGGAUAUUGAGGAGGAGUUGUGGUACGUGCAUCUUUUUUGCUGCCACACUGUAGCAGUGGUUAUGUUUAGAAUUAGCUUUUGCACAUGAUUCCUGGGGCCUUCAGAGGGCAGAAAUUUGCCCUCAGAGCUCCCAGCACUUUUCAUCUUCAAAGGGCAUUAUAAUCAUUAAUACAUUAAUUAGGCAUUCUCCCCUUCCAUCCUGCUAACUGGGUUUAUUAAGCUGAAUGUAUUUAUCUUUGGACAGCUUCUACCAGCAAUUGAAUGAAUAAUUUUCCUAAUAACUUUAAGAGCAAAGACAUGAAAAGGAACAGGGAUGAUGAGAACAGGAGACCGAGGCAAAUUAAGCUGUGCUGUGAAAGGAGAGGAACCAUUUGAUUCUAGGUGUAACUCCACCUCCCCUGCAAUUCCCAGCUGACAGCUGUGCAGGCUUUCUUGCUUCUGUCUUCCUUAACCUACAUGGAAUUGCACAUCUAUGUAACAUUUAUGCUAGCAUCUGCAAAUGCAAAAAAAAAGAAAGGAGUUUGUGGAUGACUGGAAUCUGCAGAAAAGGAGAACAUGAAAGUAGCUUGCAAUUGCAAGGUGAAGAAAGCCCAUGUGAAUGUUUGACUUUUACAUGUGCUUGUAUCUUAAGUGUUUUUAUGAGAACUGGUAUAAUCUAGCAGUGUUUCACAGCAGGUGAGCUGCAGGGGUGGAGGAAGGUCACGAAAGACUGUGUCAUGGAGUUUAAGGUGUUGAAAGCUGUCAUCUAAAACAAAUUAAAUCCUUCUCUAUCUUUAUCCUUCAAGCAUUGUUGUUCAUGCCCUUAAAGCAUGCACAAAUGCAUGAUGUGUGGUUGCUAUCAUACACAUGCAGUUUUGCUCAUACUCUUACAGUAAAUGUUGGUGGAAGGACAUAAAAAGUUUUCUCUGAAAAAGUACAUGCUCCUGAAAAAGUUCAGAGACUCAGUGACUUAGUGGCUGGGAUGCUGCACUGUGGAUUCAGUGAUUUUUUUUUGCAGUGCUCUGCCAUUUGCCAAGUGAUUUCACCUCUGUCUUCUUCCUGUCUUGUUUAUUUAGAUUCACAAGCUUAAGACCAGGAGGGUCUACUAGAUCAUCUUGCCAGACCUCUUGUGUAUCACAUCACAGUCGAUUGAGCUUGAUAUAGUUACUGCUGUAGUGAACCCAAUAACCUGUGGGUGGUUGCAACAUAUCUUCCAUGAAGCCAAAUUUUUGACAUUAAGCUCUUCAGGGCAGGAGUUGUGUUCUAUCCGAGCUUUAAUUAGAGAUUCUCAGUGGUGCUAUUAAACCAGUAUCAACACCAAGAAAAAUAACACCAAGGGUAAUACCAAUAAUGUUAAUUAUAAUAAAAUCAAUUAAUAUUUUAUUGGUUUAGCUUGUUAGGUUGAUUGUAUUGUUUUGAAUUUUCUUUUUAACUGUGAAUGCAGCCACUGUAUGUGAACCGUAGCUUUCAGAAAUGAGACUGAGAGGUGGCUCUUCAAUUCUGGAAUGCAAAUACUUUUGCAGAGCAGCAGACUAGUUAUUGGAAGGGCUCUUUAAUGCAGUGGAGGAGGUUGUAAUAAAAAAAAAAAACCAAACCAGCAUAGCCAGGAGCUGCUCUCCAGCAAUGCAGAUUGUGGGUAAGUUGACCUCCAUAUAGCAGUAAGGGAGUAAAAUGUUACUGCUGAUGGCAUGCAAGAUAAAUGCUCUGAGUCUCAAAUGUAGAUUUUCAUAAACAUGGAGAAUCAGCCCCAUUCUUCUAUCUCUUAAGUCCUAAUUUAAGGAUCAAGGAGUCUGCCUGUGCCAUUUUGAUGAAAAGUGGCUGGCCAAGUGGAGCAAGUUGGGGUUUUUUGUAAGAAUUCUUUCAGCUGAUGUGGAUUUGACACGCCCACAGCUUUGCUCAGACUCUGUCAGACCAGGGAGAUGUUUGUCAGCAUCUUCUUUUACUGGAAGAGCUAACCUAGUCUGAAGUCUCGAAGGAAUAAAACCUUGACUUAAAAUAGAAGUGUUUGUGACAGGACAGGGUGAUGGGAAUGGAAGGAUCCUUCCUAACCACCUGCCUGGCUGUCAGAGGAGCUCAUUUCCUCCCCUUGCUGCCUUUGGCUGUCUAGAAUUUGCCAUGGACUGCAGGCAGGCUGCAAAGGGACUGGGUGAGAUGAACAUGUGCACUGAGAAGUGACCGGACUUUAUUUGUUGUGACAGGAAUGGUGCUCCCCUCCACCUCUGGCAAUUGCUUCCUACAGCCCUGGGAUGGAGAAGCUUCAGCUGGUUUAACCAGCUGGGUGCAGGGCUGUAUCGACCUCUCUGCACCCAGCUGGAGGUUACUUUCCCCAUGUCAGCAUCAGUGGAGCAAAGCUGUGGUCUUGUCUCAGACCCUGCAGCUCCAAGCUGUAUCCAUACCCCAAAGUCCUGGAGAGGAUGGUUAAAAAUAAAAUGCCGAGUUGCAGAGAAGCUGACACACUUCUGCUCUCUCUGUCCCUGCUGUGGGACAGUAGUCUUUGGCACACAAGCAGGACAAACACAGCUGGUAGCAGAAACUCAAGGUAGUACCUGAAGGAGAUGCAGCUUAGGUCAAUGCAACCAACAGGAGCUGCCUCUGAAAUCCCAGGGCACUGCUGGUCCUGCAUGCUCCGGGUGGAGCUCAGCCCUGUCACACCUCCCACUCUGCCCCACACUGUGUGUGUGCUGCAGAUGGAGGCACUCAUAGCACCAGCAGGCAAACUCUAGCCCUUGGCUGUUUCCCCACAGAUGCCAAAGCUCAAAAGUGAAGCUUCAAUCCUGGCCACUAAUUGCCUUGGAGGUUAUGGGGGUGCUGUCUUCCCUUUAGCUCUCAUUACUCUGGCAUCUCAGGGGCUGCCAUCACAAACACUUUGUUUAAAGCUAGCCAAAGGAUAGCCAGAUGUACUGCAGUUAGUUACACCUUUGGUGUCAAAACAGACAUGCCUUGGCUUUAAAGCCUUGCCUUGGACUCCACACAAUAAUGGAUUCUUAUAACAAUAUGGGAGUUGUUCUGCAGAAAAAGAGAAAUAAGGGAGUGAAACUGCACCAGAGCAAAAUAAAGUUUAUGGCUGAAGGGCUUUUAAUGUAGUUUCCCUCUGUAGCUAGAACUGAGCUUUAAGCCUUGUUCAGUGAAUGAGAUAAACCACUAAGGCUUCAUUACUUCAAGGUUCAGUGAUAAUACCCCCGUUGUUUAGGAACCAGACAGCUUGGGAGUCCAUCCUUUUGGGAUAACUUUAAAAGGAAACAUUCACAAGUUCAGAUGCAGGUCUGCUUCAGGAUUUUGUUUCAAAGCUAGUAGGAAAUGUUAAAGUCAAAAACUCCCUGGAAGAAAUCACCAGUGCAACUCAGUUCAAAUCAAGGUCUGCCCUGCUGUUUCUAUUCAUAGUACUUCAAGAAUGUGUUUAUUUUGUUUUUUCAAAGACAGCUGGGAUGGGAAUUUCAGUAUGGAAUGGGAAAGGUUAAGGCUAAAAAGCUAAAACAAAAAAGCCCUGCCAUGGUAGCCCUGUCUUCCCUUUCUUUUGGAUCCAAUGUAGGCUGCAGGUGAGCAAGGCCACAGUGAGACUAAUUUCUUGCAGCUGACAGAUGAUAGCUGGAGCAGUGGACUUCCAGAGCUUUGAAGAGCAGCUCUUGAAGACUGUGUGGCAUAUGUUACAGUAUGGGUGGUUGCAGUCUCCUUGCCUUGGCUUCCCACAGGAUGUGGCACU